AUGACAGAGGAGCUGGAGCAGCCUAUCCCCAGGAACAAUGGCGACAACAGCCAAAGCAACAACCUAAUCGCCACACUGAGUGAAAUGCAAAUUGACGCAGAUUACAUUCAGCAACUCAGAUGGAACAUAAAGACCAAGGUGGAUAUUUUCAUGAACAAACUAUUCCCCAUAACGAAAAAAAAAGAAGAAAAAAGAUUCAUAGUAAUAAUUGAAAAAAAUAAAAAUUAUGAUAAUUUCAGAUGCCCCAUAUGCAUGUUGAUAUUGUACAAUCCAGUGAAGACAAAAUGUGACCACCUGUUUUGCAAGGAAUGCAUAGAGAACGUUUUAAAAAAAUUCGAAUACUGUCCCAUGUGUAGGGAAAACAUAAAGGAGUUCACAUUAGCACCUGUGAGCAAUAGCUUUUUGGGCAAGGACUACACAAAUAUAAAAAUCAGAUGUUGGACGUGCAAGGAUAUUACUGAUAUAGAGCAUUAUGAGGCUCAUUUACAAAGUCAUUGGGAUGGUGACGCUGCUGGGGGAAAUGGCUUUUGGGGAGGGGCCGGUGUCCCUACAUGCCUCGUCACAGAGAAAAGGGUGGGAAGCAUCUCAUGUUUAGGGACAAGUCCACAGGUUGAUCUGACGAACCCUCUCAUUCUAGCUCUAAGCCCAUUCUUCAAUAAACGAAUUAACGUAGCUAAUAGGGACGAAUUUGUAAAGGCUCUGAGGGAAAACCAACUGAACACGGACAUACACAGUGUGCACCUGUUGUUUGGGAAAAGGACCAAAAGGGAAACGCCAAAUGGGAGGGAACCCGGGAGGGAAGCAGGGAGGGAAGCGGGGCGGGGAAGUUCAUAUGGAAGGCAAAGUGGGGGGAACCCUAACUUGUGUCCAAGUACAAACCCAUAUGAACAGCACUUCGAAAUGAUCAACAUGGAAGACUUCACAUGGGAUGCGUUCAUCCUUGUGCAAAUAAAAUUAGAGAGAAAAAAGCAAAUGUAUAAAUCUGAUACAAGAGAGGACGAUCAAACAUACAAUUCCAAUUUGCCCUCAUCAACUGGUAACCUGAAAGGAGAGGAAAACAUAAAAAAUGACUCCGCUUCAGACAAUAAGGAUGGACCUACACAACUGAGCAGAAGAAACAUCCUAUACACAUCAGAUAAUUUUGAAGAUUAUCAAAAGAGGAAAUUAAAAAAAAAUAAAACGAACAAAUAUAUUUAUGUCCUCCUAGAGUACAAUGCCAAGGGGUUGUUUUUCACCCCCAUGAAAAAUAUCCCCAUUUUCAAAGACAUGAAUAUGGAGAGGAGUGUCAUUUAUAAAUAUGGAGGAGACAAACGUGGGGAUAAGAAUGAUGAUAUGAGGGAGGGUAAGAGGGACGACCUGCCUUCCCCCGACGAGCAGUUAAUUGAUUUCCUCAUCAAGCUGAAUGAAAAAAUAAAUUCUAAAACGUAUCACAAGUACCUGUACAAUGCCGUUCAUUUAUUUAAUGAGUUUUUAAAUUCGUAUUGCAGGAUAGAGCAGAGUGACACAAAAAGUGUGGUAAAAAGAACCCAUUUUAAAAAAAGCCAAUUGGAAGACUUCGAACUCAUGCUCCUCCUCUUUUAUUUGAAAUACGAAUGUACCAUGCCGGAACAUAUCGACUACAGUGCUAUGUAUUCCUGUGAAGCUUUUUUAAAAAAAGUGAUGAGCUCCACGAAAGAAACUCAACAAGCUGUUUUCGUGACGGAUAUAUACACAUAUAAAGAGAACAUGACCACUCGGGGGAAGCACCGUCCAGAGGAGGGACAAGCAAAUAUAUCGAAUUCGCUUUCUUGUAUUCCCAGCGUCUCUUUAAGAAAGCAACACAUCAAGGUGUACUUUGUGCUCCGUUUGAGGCGGGGGAAGCCAAUUGUAUGUGGACAGCAACAGGUAGGUGCAGGCCCCCAUGCGAAUGGAGAAGUAGACCCAAAUCAAGUGACGAUACAGCCCGGAGCACAUUUGAACAAUUAUGAUGACGUCACAGAUUUAUGUUACCUCCUGCUGUCCUACUCUGACACGGGGUUCCAGUGGGACGUAAAUGAAUCUCUAGAAUUUUUAAAAACGAAAAAAAAUAUGCCUUACAAGGAGAUGAACGUAUUCUUUAGUAUUGAAAAAUUCAUACUCUGUCUUUUCAACAUACGAAAGAAGAAAUACAGCCCCUUAUUUUGGAACUCCGCCCACCUGCUGCAGUACCUUUUGCACUUUUGCGCCGACUGA